AUGGCGACCUCACUCUCUUCCCUGUCCUCGAUUCUGAACCAACCACGGCAUGUCGUUUUGCUCCAGAAGCCAUGUCGUUUCGCUCUGAGACUCCUCAGUUGGAAGCCGGCAGAAGCUUCCGGAAUCCGAUGCUACCACCGGCAGCGGACCAGUACUAGGCUCCAAAGACGGAGUCUUGGCUCCAGAAGCUUCUCGAGCUCCAGCUCUUCUCUUCCGAGCCACUCCGACGGCCCCAGCCUCCGCCACUUCGUCGCUCAGGCCGCCGCAGUCACCGCCUCCAAACCUCAGCCCCAGAAUGUGAUAGCUCCUCUGCCGAUAGGGCGAAUCUACCACGAGACGUAUGGGUGUCAGAUGAAUAUAAAUGACAUGGAGAUUGUUCUGUCGAUUAUGAAGGAGGCUGGAUAUAGUGAAGUUGUGGACGUUCCUGAGAAUGCAGAGGUUAUUUUCAUUAAUACAUGUGCGAUCAGGGACAAUGCAGAACAGAAGGUGUGGCAGCGGCUUAAUUACUUUUGGUUUCUUAAGAGGCAUUGGAAGAGCAAUGUUAAGAUAGGGAGGUCGCAGUCCACACGCCCUCCGAAAGUUGUGGUUUUGGGAUGUAUGGCGGAGAGGUUGAAGGACAAGAUACUAGAUGCAGAUAAAAUGGUCGAUGUGGUCUGUGGACCUGAUGCGUACAGGGACUUGCCGCGGCUAUUGCAAGAUGUGGACUACGGUCAGAAAGGGAUUAAUACUCUUCUUUCAUUGGAAGAGACUUACGCUGAUAUUAGUCCAGUUCGAAUCUCCAAGAAUUCAAUCAGUGCUUUCGUUUCUGUUAUGAGGGGUUGCAACAAUAUGUGCUCAUUUUGUAUUGUUCCUUUCACAAGAGGCAGAGAGCGGUCACGUCCUGUGGAAUCAAUUGUCAGGGAGGUGGGAGAGCUUUGGCAAGAAGGUGUGAAAGAGGUAACACUGCUAGGCCAGAAUGUAAAUAGCUAUAAUGAUGCCUCUGAGUAUGAAAAGGAAGCUGAAGCAGGAACUAGUUGGAACUACAGUGAAGGAUUUUCCAGCUUGUGCAAGGUGAAAAAAGUAGGUUCACGUUUUGCUGAUCUCUUGGAUCGGCUUUCCACAGAGUUUCCAGAGAUGAGAUUCAGAUACACAUCCCCCCACCCUAAAGAUUUCCCUGAUGAGUUGCUCUAUAUAAUGCGAGACAGACACAAUAUUUGCAACUAUAUCCAUUUGCCAGCUCAAAGUGGUAGUAGCAGAGUUAUAGAAAGAAUGCGACGGGGCUAUACCCGUGAGGCAUACUUAGAUCUUGUGCAAAAGAUACGGAGGAUAAUUCCAGAUGUCGGCAUCAGCAGUGAUUUCAUAUGUGGAUUUUGUGGGGAGACUGAGGAGGACCAUGAAGAGACAAUAAGCCUUGUAAAGGCUGUUGGAUAUGAUAUGGCUUACAUGUUUGCAUAUAGCAUGAGAGAGAAGACCCAUGCAAAUAGAAACUAUGAUGAUGAUGUUCCGGAGAAAGUGAAGCAGAGGAGGCUGACUGAACUUAUUGAAGCUUUCCGUGAGAGCACAGGUCAGUGCUAUGACUCACAGGUGGGAACUACCCAGCUUGUAUUAGUAGAAGGACCCAAUAAGAGAGCUCCGGAUACAGAACUAAUUGGCAAGAGCGACAGAGGUCAUAGAGUUUCUUUUGUCAAUGUGCCGUUACCAGAUCGAGAUGCUGAUUCAAAUGAGGAACGGAAUCCCAAAGUGGGUGAUUAUGUUGAAGUUCGUAUACAGAAAUCUUCAAGAGCGUCACUCUAUGGAGAGGCAAUUGCUAUAAGUAAAUUGAGCACUUUUUACAACAUCGUGAAUGAAGAAGCUCUUGCUUGUGCGAGUAGUUGAGCUGUUUGGGAAUGUACCAGCGUAAUUUAACUUUAUAUAUCACUACAGAAUUUCAUGUUUAUCAAUGGUUGAGGCAUAUGGAUCAGCUUCUCGCUGUAGUGUUGAGAAUCAAGGAUGAUUGGUUCAAAAUGAUGCUUUUUGUUCCCAUGGUGACUCUUUCGGAGUAUAUCUUUGGAUGCUAACAAGUGACAGCCUCCAACUUCAAAAUAGUUUAGAGUUCUACUACAGCGUGUUGAUGUGAUAUAAAAGUUGAUGCAUUUUUAUAUCACAUUAAUUUUGAUUUGGUUUGAUGAAUAUGAAUUCAGAGAUAAAUACCUCUUCAAAGAUCAUUGCACUGGGCAUAAAGUUUGCUUAGUUAUCUGAAUUAUAGAAAAUGAUCAAAAUGAUCGAUCCUGUUCUUGGUGUAAAACUGUAAAUUAUGAGCAUCA